AUGCUGUUAACCCUUUCACGCCAUUUAUGUACAAGCAGCAAGAACAUCACAGCAACCUUAAAAUUCUCUAAAACAAAAUUCCCUUGUCGGUACAAGAAAGCUACUCUGUCUCAAGCUCAACAGUCACUCACUGAUUACCUCCACGCCACAAGGUCCAUCCCUUACGCCUUCGCUGAUCAAAUUUCCAAAAACUCCAUUCAUUCCCUCUCCAAUCUCAUUUCAAUGUUGGGUUCUUUUUCAUCUUCUGAUUUCCCCAAAAAACUUGAUAAGUUCUUAAGGUACCACCCAAUUAAUGAAUUUGAGUUUUUCUUCGAAAGCAUUGGAAUUCAGUAUACUCGAAUUUCUCAUUUGUUGCCUCACGAUAAGUUCUUCUUUUCUGAAGAUGGGUCACUUCUUGAUUCUGCUUGUGUACUUUGUGAAUUUGGGUUUCCUUGGGAUAAGCUUGGGGUGCUUUAUGUGGAGAGUGGUUUUGUGUUUAGGAUGAGUGGUUCUGAGUUGAAGGGUAGGCUUUGUUGGUUUCAAAGAUAUGGUUUUUGUAAUGUGCAAAUUGUUGGGAUUUGUUUGACUUUUCCUUAUGUUUUUGGUGUGGAGGAAGGGAAAUUGGUUGAUGAGAUUGAUGGGUUGCUUUCUGAGUUGAAGUUGGUGUUUUUGGAUUUUGAUUUGGGAGGUUCUGUUGAAGGGAAUGUGGAUGUUUGGUUUGAGAUUUGUAGGAAAAUUAAAGUGUUUUAUGAUUUGAAUGAUGGAAAAGGGAAGAUAGGUGAACUCAUUGGAAGGAAUAAACAUGUCAUUCUUAAACAUAAAGAAGAGGAUUUGAUUGAAAAAGUUGAGUAUUUUUGUAGAUUUGGUGUUGAGAAAGAGGAAGUAGCUCGGUUGAUUCUACAAGGUUCGGAGUUGUUGAAUCUUGACUUAGAAAAGCCGGUGAUUAACAUGUUGAAGCUGUUGAAACAUAUUGGAAUGAGCUCCAAAGGUGUUGGUGAUGUAAGGAAGAACUAUGCUCAUGCGCUGGGAACAAUAAAAAUCGAGAAUCUUCCCAAUGUGAUGAGGGCUAUGGGUUUACAAGAAUGGUUUUUCAAUAAAAUCAAGGAUGGGAAUCAUAUGCUUUUGGUGAAUUUUAUCGAAAGCUAUCCCAAUGAAGAGCAUGAUAAAGCUUAUCAGGGUUGUUUGAAGACAAUUCAUAAUGCAAGAACACCGAUUCACAAUAUGAGUAAAUUAAAUUUCAUGCAUAAUAAUGGGUUUGGUGAAAAUGCGACGACCAUGGAUAUCUUAACUCACAUGCAUGGAACAAGUGUAGAGUUACAAAAAAGAUUUGAUUAUCUUCUACAUUUAGGGAUUGAUUUCUCAAAGCUGUGUAAGAUAAUCACAAAGCAACCAAAGGUUCUAAGCCAAAAUCCCGAAACCCUAGAGAAAAAGAUUAAUUUUUUGCGUCACGAGAUGGGAAAGUCGUUAGAGCUUUUGGACACUUUUCCAGCAUUUAUGUGUUUUGAUUUAGAGAACCGAAUUAAGCCGAGGUUCAGAUUCCAUAUGUGGGUUUUGGAAAAGGGAUUGUCUUCCAAAAACUAUUCCAUUGCAAGCAUGAUUGCGACUAGUGACAAGAAUUUUGUUGGCCGUGUUUUUAAAAUUCACCCGGCCGCUCCAAAACAUUGGUUUGAGCAAUUCUAUCCCAAGAAAUUUUGA